AUGGAGCCUGUUUAUGGGGCUGUGUUUAGCGCCGUGCUCAGAGUGAGUCUGACUCGUGUAGAAUCAUGGAAUAACACCUUACAUUUCAGACAUCACAACAUUACUGUAGUUUCACUCUAACCUAAUGGCUAGUCAGUAGCAUACAUAUGCAUAAAACAAUAGUCAACAGUCUGAAAUAGGUACUAUUGAAUAACAUUGUAUAAAAUGUAUACUGCUUAAAAUAAGUUGCUUGGUUGACUAAAUUGUGGUUCUAUAUAGAUUCUUUUUUAUCCUUUUGGUCAUAAAUGUGCCAUUGAACCCUUUUUGGUUCUAUAUUGCAUCAUUCCUUCUUACACUCUUAUGGUGAAUGUGGAUUUGUUAAAGUCAGUUUGUGUAGUUUGUCCAGCUGAUCACAGUAAAGCACUUUGUUACUGUAAAGCAUUUUGUGACAACGGCUGAUAUAAAAAUGGCUUUAUAAAAUAAAUGUGAUUUGAAGCCAUGCUUGUCUGUGUGUGGCAGGAUGCAGAGGUGAAUGUGGAGGGGAAGCUGUUGAGUGUCUCUGUAGCCCUGCUGGAGGAAGAGGAAACAGGCUCCAGGCUGAGUUACGUGGCCUGUACUACUGAGGAUGGCCGCCAGGUUCUCAACAAGAUGCACCCAGCCACACCAGGCCCCUGUCAGGUCAGUGUCUGGAGAUAGCACUGCCCUUGUUAGCGACACAUCAAUCAACCAAUCAAUCACACAAUCAGUCAAUCUAGCCUUUAGUGUAACCUUCUGACCCAUGGCAACAUGUCAGCUGCAGCUUGUGUCUGUGCUAUUUGUUGGUUUAAGUAUUUUUAGCCUUUAAACCAUCCACUCUAACCCUGUAGCCCCUUUGUCCUCUCACUCACUCAUUCACUCACUCACUAAUGCCAUUUCAGUUUCAACCAUAGGCAGAUCUGAAAUGCUACAGUUUCUUAUGGUUUUUGGGAGCACAGGAAAUUAUUUCAGACCCUGUUACCCGUUAUUGUAGCUAUCCUCUAUCUCUCUCAUUAUAGGAUCUCUGACUAUCUCUUUUACUGUUGCUCCCUGCUGUAGUUUCUCAGCCAUAGAGCGCUGUAUGCCCAGAAUGGGCGUUCACGGAGGGGUCUACCUUUUCGACGAGUCUCGACCCUCUUCACAGUGUUAUGGCUCGUUUAUCGCCAUUCCCAUAUUGGACCCCUGAGAGCAGGGACGAGCUAUUGGGGUGCUGGGUCUCGACACACUCCGAGAUUCAAACGACGCACACCUGUUCUCACGCCAUGAGAUAGACUUCUAACAGGUGAGAGGAAUGGCUGCUCCCAGAUCUGUUUGUGCUGUCUUACCAACUUACCAACAUUUGGCUGACAAUGACCAUAGAAGUUAGCAAGACAGCACAAACAGAUCUGGGACCAGGCUAGAAUGGCUGGAGGAGUCUUCAAUGAGGAAAUAAAUAUCCUAAAAACACCAUUCAUUAGCUCAUUGGCUUUGAAUCAGAAAUGAUAUCCUAUUUUUGCCCAGGUGGUGAGCAGUGAAUUCUGCAGAGCUCUCCAGCACGUGGCGACUCGCUGCAGCAUACUGCACGUUGUGGAGAGCGCCUCACUCUGGCUACACAGCAGAGUCUCUGCCAUUCACAGUAUCACCACCUAUCUGAUGGAGCCUUCAGAUUGA